CGCGGGUGGGAGGGCCAAACUGGGAGCCCCGCGGCUCCGAAGCUACCGGAGGCACUCUGCGCGCUCCCAGUCGGAAGGGACCGUCCAGUGCUAGCGGGGCUACGCAAAGGACUCCAGAGGAGGCAGCCGUCCGUGGGAGGAAGCCGGGGCCAGGCAUGACGGAUCCUGAAGACCCCCCCAGAGCCAGCCCCGGGGGUGCGGGUGAGCCCCCCGGGGAGGAGAGCGGACCUCCCGGAGAAACGUUCCCCCUCUCCUCCUUGGCCAACCUGUUUGAAGGGGAAGAUGGUUCUCCCUCGGCAGGAGGGGAGCCGAGCCGCAGCCCACCUGCCCAGGGGGAUGCCCGGCAGAACCUGCGCAUGAAGUUCCAUGGGGCAUUCCGCAAGGGCAUGCCCAACCCCAUGGACCUGCUGGAGUCCACCAUUUACGAGUCCUCCGUCGUUCCCGGGCCCAAGAAGGCCCCCAUGGACUCUCUCUUCGACUAUGGUACCUAUCGCCACCACCCCAGCGACAACAACAAGUGGCGCAGAAAGAAGAUCAUAGAGAAGGAGUUACAAUGCCCCAAAGCCCCAGCCCCUCAUCCACCCCCCAUCCUCAAAGUGUUCAACCGACCCAUCCUUUUCGACAUUGUUUCCCGGGGUUCCACCGCUGACCUGGAUGGGCUCCUCUCCUUCCUGCUCACUCAGAAGAAGCGCCUAACAGAUGAGGAGUUUCGGGAACCUUCCACAGGGAAGACCUGUCUGCCCAAGGCCCUGUUGAACCUGAGUGGUGGACGCAAUGACACCAUCCCUGUGCUCUUGGACAUUGCUGAACGCACAGGCAACAUGAGGGAGUUCAUCAACUCCCCGUUCCGGGAUGUCUACUACCGAGGUCAGACUGCUCUGCAUAUCGCCAUUGAACGUCGCUGUAAGCACUAUGUGGAGCUCCUGGUGGCCCAAGGUGCUGAUGUUCACGCCCAGGCCCGUGGACGCUUUUUCCAGCCCAAAGAUGAGGGUGGCUACUUCUACUUUGGUGAGCUGCCCUUGUCCCUGGCUGCCUGUACCAACCAGCCCCACAUCGUGAACUACCUCACAGAGAACCCCCACAAGAAAGCGGACAUGCGGCGCCAGGACUCUCGGGGCAACACGGUGCUGCAUGCUCUGGUUGCAAUUGCCGAUAACACGCGGGAGAACACUAAAUUUGUCACCAAGAUGUACGAUCUCCUGCUCAUUAAGUGUGCCAAACUCUUCUCUGAGAGCAACCUGGAGGCUGUGGUCAAUAACGAUGGCUUUUCACCCCUGAUGAUGGCUGCUAAGACGGGCAAGAUUGGGAUUUUCCAGCACAUUAUCCGCCGGGAGGUGACAGAUGAGGAUGCAAGGCACCUGUCCCGCAAGUUCAAGGACUGGGCGUAUGGGCCUGUGUAUUCAUCUCUCUAUGACCUGUCUUCGCUGGACACCUGUGGCGAGGAGACCUCAGUUCUUGAGAUCCUUGUAUAUAACAGCAAGAUUGAGAACCGCCAUGAGAUGCUGGCUGUGGAGCCUAUCAAUGAGCUGCUUCGGGACAAGUGGCGAAAGUUUGGGGCCGUCUCCUUCUACAUCAGUGUCGUCUCCUACCUGUGUGCCAUGAUCAUCUUUACUCUCACUGCCUACCACCAGCCCCUGGAGGGCAUUCCCCCGUAUCCAUACCGAACAACAGUGGACUACUUGCGGCUUGCUGGAGAGAUCAUCACCCUUUCCACUGGAGUUAUAUUCUUCCUCUCUAGUAUCAAAGACCUUUUCAUGAAGAAAUGCCCUGGGGUAAAUUCUCUCUUCAUUGAUGGCUCCUUCCAGCUGCUCUACUUUAUUUACUCGGUGUUGGUGAUUGUUUCUGCUGCUCUGUACCUGGCGGGGAUUGAAGCCUACCUAGCGGUUAUGGUCUUUGCCUUAGUCCUAGGCUGGAUGAAUGCACUCUAUUUUACUCGGGGAUUGAAGCUAACAGGGACCUACAGCAUCAUGAUCCAGAAGAUCCUGUUCAAAGACCUUUUCCGUUUCCUCCUGGUCUAUCUCCUCUUCAUGAUUGGUUAUGCUUCAGCUCUGGUCUCACUGCUGAACCCAUGCCCCAGCAGCCCAGUGUGCACUGAGGACAAGGACAACUGCACAGUCCUCAGCUACCCAUUCUGCCGGGACAGCCAGACCUUUAGCACCUUCCUCCUGGAUCUCUUCAAGCUGACCAUUGGCAUGGGCGAUUUAGAGAUGCUAAGCAGUGCCAAGUACCCCGCAGUCUUCAUCAUCUUGCUGGUCACCUACAUCAUCCUGACCUUUGUGCUGCUACUGAACAUGUUAAUCGCCCUUAUGGGGGAGACAGUGGGCCAGGUGUCCAAGGAGAGCAAGCAUAUCUGGAAGCUACAGUGGGCCACCACCAUCUUGGAUAUUGAGCGUUCUUUUCCAGUGUUUGUGAGGAAGGCAUUCCGCUCUGGGGAAAUGGUCACUGUGGGGAAGAGCUCAGAUGGCACACCAGACCGGAGGUGGUGUUUCAGAGUUGAUGAAGUGAACUGGUCUCACUGGAACCAAAAUUUGGGCAUCAUUAAUGAGGAUCCGGGCAAGAAUGAGACUUACCAGUACUAUGGCUUCUCCCACACUGUGGGCCGUCUCCGAAGGGAUCGCUGGUCCACAGUGGUGCCCAGGGUUGUUGAGCUGAACAAGAAUGCCCAUUCAGAGGAUGUGGUGGUACCAUUGGAUCAUUUGGGCACCUCUGCUGCCCCUGCCCCUGCUCCAAGACAGAGCUACCCUCAUAACUGGAGGACAGAAGAUGCCCCACUCUAAGGGGGCCCUGGGAGCCAUGGGGAGGAGCCCAGUCACUGACUCAAGCAUUUGCCAAUGGCUGGUUGGCAUGGAAAGGACAGAGGGCUUCCUUGCUGCCAGCCUAACCUGUUGGCUCCUGCCUAGCCCUAACGUUUUUACCCGGAUGGCCUGCCUAUUGGUACUCUCUUUGUGCCAGCCCAGGGUUUGCCAGCAUAUCCCAGGGGAGCUUCCAUAGUGGUUUCCUGAGUUUUCUGGCCCUGAAUAAGCCUUUUGUUGACUCCAAAGAUGCCCAGAGCAAGAGAGGUCCAGCAAUGUCUUGGAUUAGACGGAGGGCGUAUGUCAGAGUGUUGAAUAGUAUUAUCUCUGGCACAGUCAGCCAGGGCUGUGUGGAAAGUCAGACCAUGGCACAAUGGAAAGAAAGUUGGGAUUUGUGGUGGGAGCUUCUGGGUAUGUUCCUGGGCUCUGAUAUUUUCUAGCUGUUCUUGGAUAAGUCAGUUCCCAUCAUUGGGUCCCAGGUUCCUUCUCUGUAAAAUAAGAUGACCUCUGCAGUCUCUUCCAGAUGUAAACCUUAUCAGCCUAUGACCCUCUCUUGCUCACUUGUAACCCCUGAUCCAUGUUUGAACACACUCCCACAAGACUCUUGGUAUGGCAGCUAAGGACAGACAAGGAAAAGAAGGUAAAUGGUUUUAAGUGGAAGACAGAUGAAAGGCUCCCAGCCCCUUUGGCCCUGGAAGAGACCUACCUCUCUCAGGCUCCUCUUACUCCCAUGGAGUUAUAUAGGUCAGUAUGGUGUAGCCAGUGGAGAAGGGACACUAUUCCCAAGUCAGCUACAGGGAGACAUUCAAUCCCCCCAACCCCACUACCCCUGCCCCUGCCCCAUAUCUGAUCAGACUCUCAUUACAUUAUUUAUUUGUUCUUCUCUAGCUCAGGAAGGAAGUUCAUGGCUAAAGGGCAGGGUGACUAUGCUCUCCAUGGAGGCUCUGAAAAUAUUCCCAGUCCCAGGGCCAAGUCUGACCCCCCUGGUACCAAUCCCACAUUCCAGCAUCCAUCUGCCAACAUGGUAUGAGCACAACCAAUGGCUUUGCUUAAGAGAUAGGGAACUUCAGAGGGCAAAGACCAUGUCCUCUGUAUGUUCUUGAUGAUGCCUUGGACAAUGUGGGCAGGUAUUCAAUAAAUAUUAGUUUAUGAUGUUGGUAAUAA